AUGAUCCCGGAUGCGGCAGCUAUGAUGCCGGAUUUGACUCAUCUGAGUGCCGAAGAGCGAGCCAUCAUCGAGGAGGUCUUCCAACGACAACGAGCCGAGGAGGAGAAGGAGCAGGAGAUCGCCGUGUAGGUCCAUUACCUUUUUGAGGAAUAUUAUCCUUGUCAAAGGAAGGUCAGAGUAGUAUUAGAAGAGUUCUGAUAAUUACAUUUUUUUGAAUUUAUAUUACAGUAAAACAAUUUGACUUUCAGAAAAGCCGACAAGGAGCUUGAAGACAUCGAACGGCUGAUCAACGAGCGCAAAGAGAACGCCCAGAAACUUGUAGGUACCCAAAGCGAUGCCAUCUGCCAAAUCUGUCAAAAGACCAAGUUUGCUGACGGGAUCGGCCACAAAUGCUUCUACUGUCAACUACGAUCGUGUGCACGAUGUGGAGGCAAAACGACCAGUAAAAACAAAGUAAGUCGAUAAACUUUACCAGAAAGGAAAGUUAAUUCCUUAUACUUCAUUACAAGUACAACAUCAUUAAAAAGAAGUAGAUGCUAAGACAACGUGCGUUUUUGAGUGUGAAUUUCGAAAUUUGUUCCAGUCAAACUUUAAGCCACUGUUUUCGUAAAAUGAUUAAUGUUAUAGAGUAUUUGGGCGUGCUCAACGUGCCAGAAACGGCAGCAAAUCCUCGCUAAGACCGGGAAAUGGUUCCAAUCAAAUCAGCCGUAAGUCGAAUGCAAUGUUUUUAAAUUUUAUGUGGUAUUACAUUAUAUAAUCUGUAGAGAACAUUUUUUAACUGGCAGCCGCUUCCUAAUAUUAUAAAUAACCAUUUUAUUUACUUUACCAGAUUUAAAACGUUUUAAAUGCCGCAAUAGUAAGUUGCCAACACUGCCUACAAAACCGUAUUUUAGCCUAAUGAGAUUGGGGUUUGAUAGUGCAUCAGCAGCCCUCGGCCGUUAAUUAAACGUCCAAAUUGCGGCACUAAACGUGAAGAAUAAUUGUUUUGUUUUGCUCGCUUAAUUAUUUAAUUUCAGCGACGGCGCGGAGGGCGCAGACAUAUCAGACGGUCAAAGCUUCGACGACCCGACUGGUGGUAUGAAGCCGGCGAUCAACGGGGGUACCUCACCCUCAAAUGGUGCCAUUUUGGAAGGGAAUGGUCACGUGCAAAGCCAGCCUUCUAUGGAUGUAAGUCUUACUAACAUAAUAUAUUCUUUUACACGAAGGUAACCCCAAUCUUACUGAAUCUUUUUACUGUAGUUGUUGCUAAUUGUCCUCAGAAAACUUGUGUCAUGGGUCAUUGGUCAUCCGCUAAUUCUUUUGUGAUCCUAAUUCCGGCUCCAGAAUCAAAUUAGAAAAAAUAAAAACAGCGGAAUUCCGGUCGUGCCGUACUCUCGCCGUCGUGCCUCCUUCUGGCGGUUUCGCAGUCUUCGUGGAGCAUCUUGUCUAAUCUCAUUUGGUUUUAAGAGCCAUCUUCUUGGGUUGUUGUUUGAGUGGGCGCCUAAAGGGUCGUUUUCCGUCUCAUGAACACCCACCGUGUUAUAAAUACUUGGAUUACAGAAAGAGCACAGUCCAGUGCCAAACGCUCACCAGGGGCCCGCGAAUGUGGUCAGCAAGCCGGCUCAGCCCGUUCACAGUCAGCCGUCCACGUCGAACGCACAGAUGCGACAGCAGGCUGCGCCCACCCCGGCUGUCUCUAACAACUCAACCCGGCGGCCGUCGGCGCAACAGCCACCGAGCCAGCAACAAGUUGCGCGACAAAAUACGGGUCCCCAGCAACAAAACAGACUGUAAGUCGGUAAAAGCAUGUCAUAAGUACUUAAAUAAUCAAAAAGUAUUUCCAAAAUUUAAUACUCGAGUACCCAUCUUCAUCACGUUUGUUUUGAGAAACUAUCAUAAUAGUCCAACUAAAAAUGAUUUUGAAUGACAAAACCGUGACUUCAAAGGAAUUCGUCAUAAAUUCGAAUUUUGCAACGCACUUUUGUUUUGGUGGUACUAUAAAUAACUGGUGCAUUAUGCGAGUACAAAAGAUAAUUAAAAUUGAAGUUAACUGUUAUCUCGUUAAUUUCAUCUUAUUCAUGAAGUACUUGAAGAGCGUUUAGGAAUUCUGGAGGAAAGAUACUACCCUUCCCCUUUCUCACUUAAACAUCCAUCCUCUUUCAGCACGCAACCCCCCUCUCAACAGCGUCGGCCUUCAGUUGAGAAUCGGCCCACUUCGUCCAACCCGACGGCUUCACGUUUCCGUGGCGAUUCCGGCGACACCUCCAGGAUUCCGAUGGAUCAGAAAGUUAACAGUCCCAAUGUGAUGGGGCCGCAGAAGAAGCAUCGCCAAGAACGAAUAGGUAAGAGUCUAGAAUUCAAUAUUUUAAUGUUUUAUGAUUAGGUGAUUGUAAAACAAUCCAAAUUCAGAUAUUUAAUAAUAGAAAAUCCGGUCCAUGUAGUAGUCAAACUUGUUUAUAUAAUUGCCACACUACACCCUCAGAAUCCUUGAAACCCCUCCUACCAGUAGCCAUUUUCUGCUUCAAUUACAGAGGGGUUUAUUUACGUUAUCAAACUACGUAAUCCGCUGUUUUUUGAAUAUAUCAAUUACGCGCUACAGAUGUUAUUAUUAACUUCCCCCUCAGUAAAUACUCCGCCUUUGGGCCUCGUAAUAUUACACUUACCUCUUUCGGUCGCCAAAGUCAUUACACUUUAUGUUUUUAUAUCACUGCCCACACUGAUGUAUUCAUACGCAUACAUAAAUAUGUGAACACCGUUUUUCUAUUUCAGACUCGUCGCAUUCGACCGUUCCGAGCGUUCCGCAAGUCCCUCCAGUACCUUUGGGAACGGAGACGCGGCCGCAAAAACCGGUUGGUCCCAUCGUUUUGCAUGGCGGAUCCCGAGUCCGGCGAAAUAAACUGUCAAGGUUGGUUUCUUACAUUCGGUGGGAAAGUGGGUUGAGGACGAAACAGGUGCUGCAUUUCAGUAAUCAACAGUCUUAUCAAUUAGCUCCGGUAGCUCUGGCAACCGUGCUGUUUAGAGUAACAUUGAAAACCCUCUUGAAGGCCAUUACAACCGUCUUGAGUAAAAUUAAAAUUGUCUUAAGCAAUACCAUCUUGAGUAACCUCAAAACUGCUUUGAAUAAUAUUAUCUUGAGUAACCUUAACGCUAUCUUGAAUAAUAUAAGAGCUAUUCUAGACAAAUCCGUUCAUUGUCUUCAAGUGAAGACGACGAAGGCGUCUCCUCAGCGGCCCGGAGGCAUUCGGUUAUCGAGCCCGACUUCUCGGAAAAAGGUAAAUAUUCAUGACACCACUAUAUGCAGUAUCUACUACGUUACUGUAAAUAAAAACAUUACAAAGAAAAACGACAAACGUUGUUCUAUCUAAUCCGACUUAAUUUCAGAGCUUCUGAAGUACAUAUAUGGCAAAAACAGAUUCAACAAACAUCCUCAUGGUAGGUUUGGCAUGAAAAGUAAUCAAAGCCUGUCAGGUUUGAACAGUACGUCGCUUCCCGGGUCAAGGUUAGGGUUGUAUGAAGUGCAAUCAACUUCCACCCCAGCACUAAAUCAAUUCUCUGCUCCGAUGAGUAGCCAGGCAGUGAACUCGCUAGCUACACGGAUACGUUACUUCCUACAACAACCGGUAUCAUGGCAGCCUUCAGCAGAUCAACGUCGUCUGAUCGGUCAUAUCGUACUGCAUCGACCAGAAGAAGACUCUGGAGAUCUUGGUCUGAAAGUAAUUGGAGGGCGACAUUCCUCGACCGGUCGGUUGGGAGCUUUCAUUACCGCUGUAAAACCAAACUCGGUUGCCGAUUAUGUAGGACAACUUCGAGCAGGUAAGAGUUUAAUAUGAAGACGUAUACUUGCAUAUUUGAAUAUAUUAUAGUAGUAAGUUGCGUGGAGUAAAAUCGUAUUUUAGGAGAUGAAGUGCUCGAAUGGAAUGGAGAAACCUUACAGAAUCUGACUCACGAUGGAGUAUAUCACAUCAUCAACAACUCCAAACAUUGUCCCAAGAUAGAACUGAUCGUAUCUCGACCCAUUUACCCUGGUAAUGACGACUUCCUGAACGUCGGUCGUAAAGUUUUGCCUACAAUUCCUCACGCAUCGCCAGUCGCUUUCUCUGAUUACGGGCCUCCAAGUAAGUGACCCAAAGUAAACCACCCACAAUAUCACUCCUACAUAAAUGACUAGAGUAGACUUUUAUUGUGCGUCACAUAAAAUUUUAUUGUUCUGUGUAAAACUUGUGAUAUUAUACUUAACUUAACCUUAUUUCAGCCGGAUCUCCGUAUCCUCACAUUCCAGACUAUUACCGUAUACCUCACUCAAAGUCCAUGUUAUCUCACAACCCUAUUUACCCUAUAGAAUACGAUCCUGGUAAGUGAAUCUAUCAUAUUUAUAUCGUUUUUAAGUGUACCACUAAUAAAAAUGAAUUUCAGCAUCUGCAGAAGUUCCCCUGCCUCCACGGGUUCCUUACGACAAACCGCUUCCUUCUGGCCAGCUGUUUGGCAAGAUAGAAGUGUCGUUACUAUACCUGAACCAUGAACAAGAACUAGUUGUCACGGUGUACAACGCUAUCGACCUCCCUCCUCGUCCUUCAGGCACAGCACGGAAUCCCUUCGUCAAACUGUUUUUGCUCCCGGACCGAAGCGAAGAAAGUCGGCGACAAUCUAAAGUAAUAUACGAAAGCCUGAAUCCAUCGUGGAACGAGUGCUUUUACUACUACUCGUUGACAUCUACUGAGUUAUCACGAAGAUGUUUGGAAUUGACAGUAUGGGAUUACGACCAAUAUAAUGGCCACGACUUCCUCGGAGAGACAGUUAUUGACCUUAAUGACAUUCUACUCGACAACCAACACUUCUCAUAUCCUUUGCUCGAUAUGGACGACGAGAAUCCUAUAAAAAUGGUAAGUAGCUUAUUUACUUUAUUAUGAUUAGAAGAUUUUUUGCAUUUUUAUGGUUAAAAACUAGCUAAACGGACACAUUACAGAGGUUACGUCGAACAAAAUUAUCAACUUAUCCACAAGAUCGUUAUCGCUCACAUUCAGCCAACCACGACGAUAUACGACAUCGCAGAGACUACGACUAUCAACAGAUGACUGGUGCUCAAUAUAGACAUCCUCGUGACUUUGUCGACGACCAGAUAGACGGUAGAAGACGAAAGGAACGACGAGAUUAUCCUGAAUUCAACAAUGGAUACGCUUCUGACUACGGUCAAUACUCACGGGUGGCACCGAAUCACAACAGACGACCAAAAUCUGCUACUGGGUUUAGGCACGGUGAGUAAAACUUUCAAACCAAUAUUAAAUAUAAAGCCAACUGUAAUUUUAUGAAGAAUUGAAUUUUAUAAUGAAUUAUUUUAGUUCACGAUUACGAAGCUCGGAAUCCGUACCGAAGUCAGCCGAUCCACGAAGAAGGGCCCUACCCUCAGCAUAUGGAUUCUGAAUUGCCGCCAGAUCAGCAAGAACAGCCACCAAUUCCUCGCCAUCAGAAUUACCAAAAGUACCCAGAAAACCCGGAACAACAAUAUAAGAACCGACAAUGUGAGACGGUCAUGGAGCAGAGUGCCGCAGGCUACGGAUCUGAUGGGUCCGAGACUUUGAGUGCCAACUCAGCACAAAGUAUGCAAAAGAAACGAGAAGAACAACAGUCCAGAGAACAACAGAACAACUACGACCAGCCAGAGAUACAAUCAUAUUCACCUAGGCAUCACUUCUACGAUAACCACGCCAGCUACAAUCAGUCCAGAGGAGCGAACGGCCGAACAGUGAGAAUGGACAUGAGAGGAUUGAAUGACGUUGAAGACAAUGGAGAUCAAAUGAAUGGUGUGGAUGACAGAGUCAGAAGCAAUGGAGGCCCUCCCAUGCAGGCCCAGUCUAACAUCCAGCUAGCUAUGAAGGAACGGAAGAAAAGCUUGAUGACACGAUUGAUACCUGGCAGAAACGCUGUUAAUGGUAAUUUUUGAUCCUAUAAAGUUGUUGUUAACCUAGUCCUCUUUCAAAAUUCCAUUUCUUCAGAUGCCAAACGAACUGGCUUCGCGAGAUCAGAAGAAGUGGGUAUCCCUGACUCGCUAGGCAAUCCAAACGGAGAUGUAGUUGGCGUUCCUUUCACGAAACAAUCCAGUAAAGACUCCACUGACUCUUCUGACAAGUAAGUAUUCAUGUUAUGACGGACAACUCCUCCACGUAAUAUUAAAAUAUUUUUUUUGUUUUGAUUUACCAUAAUGAUAACUUUUGCCCUAUGUUAAACAUCUAAAACCUUACUUUAGUUGGCAACCCAUCAUGCCAGACGCAAUGUUAGGCCACUUUAUGGAGGACCUCGGCCCAGGCCAGGUUGUUGGACGACAAGUCCUGGCUAGUCCAGUUCUGGGCGAGAUAGAAGUUGGCUUGGGGAUGAACGGAGGCUGCCUGAUUGUGGAUGUGAUAAGGGCCAAAAACCUUGUCAUUCGACCAGGAUCUAAACUCAAUCCAGGUAACUUACUUUGUUGUAUUUCCGAAUAAUGAUCAAGGAUCCAGUAUUUCUUCACGCUCAUUAGAAUUUCGUUAAAUUGGUGUGACUAGUUGAAGAUUUCCAAAUUACUAACAAUUAAAAUUACAGCACCGUAUGUGAAAGUGUACCUGAUGCAAGGAAAACAUUGCGUGGCAAAGGCAAAAACACAGCCGGCUAGGAAAACAACCGCUCCUCUAUUUAACCAACAACUCUCGUUUGCCGAGAGCUUCAAGCAUAAAAUGCUUCAGGUAAUUUAACUUUGGAUAACAUUAUACUUAAAAUUCAUAUUUAACUACAAUAACAUGCACUCAAACUCAACUUUAAGUUUUAAAACCAUAUUAACUUACAUUGUUUUAGGUAACAGUGUUAGGAGAUUACGGCCGAAUGGAAAGAAAGGCCAACAUGGGAUGUGUCCUCAUCAGACUAGACGACCUCAACUUGAUGCAACAGCCCAUCAAGAGCUGGUACAAACUGUUCCACAACAAUUCCAUUAUGGGUGCUGCUCCAGUCCGCAAGGAUUCGGAGACUUCGAUCGCCGAAAUGUAA